GUAAUUUCCCCUGCUCCGUUCCCAGGCCUCGUUUUACUUUCCGUCCAGGGAAGAUUGUUCCACUUGUGAUCCCGCUGAGGAAAGAGACUCCGAUGGACUUACACCGGGCAGCGUUCAAGAUGGAGAACUCACCCUAUCUUCCCAACCCGCUGGCCUCCCCAGCGCUGAUGGUUCUCGCUUCCACCGCUGAAGCCAGCCGUGAUGCUUCCAUUCCGUGCCAGCAGCCGAGGCCUUUUGGGGUCCCGGUGUCAGCAGAUAAGGACGUGCACAUUCCCUUUACCAAUGGCUCAUAUACUUUUGCCUCCAUGUAUCACCGGCAAGGUGGGGUGCCAGGAGCGUUUGCAAACCGUGACUUUCCUCCAUCCUUGCUUCACCUCCAUCCCCAAUUUGCACCCCCCAACCUGGACUGCACCCCAAUCAGUAUGUUGAACCACAGCGGUGUUGGGGCUUUUCGCCCCUUUGCAUCCACUGAAGAUCGGGAGAGCUACCAGUCGGCCUUCACACCGGCCAAGCGCCUGAAAAACUGCCAUGACACUGACUCGCCCCAUCUGCGCUUCUCAGACGCUGAUGGGAAGGAGUAUGAGUUUGGAACGCAGCUCCCCUCCAGCUCCCCCGGCUCUCUCAAAGUUGAUGAUACGGGGAAGAAGAUCUUUGCGGUUUCCGGCCUCAUUUCUGAUCGGGAGACUUCAUCAAGUCCCGAAGACCGAAGUGACAGAUAUAGAAGCGACAACCAAAGAGGGCCCCAGGCGUCCGCAACUGCCACUCAUCGUAUGAUUUUAACUCUCCCCCUCUGCAAAAAGAAGGCGACUUUGUUUGACAGCCAGGCUCCCAUCUGCCCCAUCUGCCAGGUCCUCCUUCGCCCCGGCGAGCUGCAGGAGCACAUGGAGCAGGAGCUGGAGAAGCUCACGCAGCUCAACAUCAGCAAGAACUCCAUCCUGAAGGAUGCCAUGGCAGCGGGUACCCCCAAGUCAAUUUUGUUGUCGGCCUCAAUCAAGCGGGAAGGAGAUUCUCCGACAGCAUCGCCCCACUCUUCAGAUGACAUCCAUCACUCGGACAGAUACCAGACCUUCCUGCGGGUGCGAGCGAACAGGCAGACCCGGCUGAAUGCUCGGAUUGGAAAAAUGAAACGGAGGAAGCAAGACGAAGGGCAGGUAUGUCCCCUCUGCAGCCGGCCUCUGUCAGGAUCCGAGGAGGAGAUGAGUAGGCAUGUGGAACAAUGCCUUGCAAAGAGAGAAGGUUCGUGCAUGACUGAGGAUGACUCUGUGGACAUCGAGAAUGAGAAUGGCAACCGCUUUGAAGAGUACGAGUGGUGUGGGCAGAAGAGGAUACGGGCUACUACUCUCCUGGAGGGAGGAUUUCGAGGUUCUGGGUUUAUCAUGUGCAGCGGCAAGGAGAAUCCAGACAGUGAUGCUGACCUGGAUGUGGAUGGGGACGACACACUUGAAUACGGGAAACCACAGUACACCGAGGCAGACGUUAUCCCUUGCACUGGGGAAGAGCCAGGUGAAGCCAAAGAGAGGGAAGCGCUCCGUGGUGCUGUUUUAAAUGGUGGCACACCCAGUACUCGAAUAACGCCGGAAUUUUCUAAAUGGGCCAGCGAUGAAAUGCCCUCAACGAGUAAUGGUGAGAGCAGUAAACAAGAGACCAUGCAGAAGACCUGCAAGAACAGUGACAUUGAAAAAAUUACAGAAGACUCUGCAGUGACAACAUUUGAAGCGUUAAAGGCUCGUGUCCGUGAGUUAGAAAGGCAGCUUUCCCGUGGGGACCGCUAUAAAUGUCUCAUUUGCAUGGACUCGUACACAAUGCCCCUGACUUCCAUUCAGUGCUGGCAUGUGCACUGUGAAGAAUGCUGGCUGCGGACUCUGGGUGCCAAGAAGCUCUGUCCCCAGUGUAACACCAUCACGUCUCCCGGAGACCUUCGGCGCAUCUACUUAUGAAGGACCCAGCGGGAGGGCGGAACCCGGCUACUCGGCUCAGCUCAUCACACCACGGGGGAAAAGAACGACAGCAACAAAAAAAAAGACGUUUUAAAAUUUAAAAAACAAAGACCCAGAGACUCCAGAUGUGGACUUGAGGAUAUAGGAGCAGUGGGGAGCCUCGGCUCCCAGGUCCCGCGUGUUGAGACCUCCUUCAGCAUCUGCAGCGGGCAAAACCAAACCCUUCGUUGUGAAGCCCCCUUUUUUAAAACCAGUGUUCCCCAUCGACCCAUUCCCUGGAGCUGGCUUUGCAUUGCGGAUGGCUCACAAGCCCUCCUUUGGACUGUGUUAUUGACCACUCUGACCCCAGGAGACUGGGGAAGGGACCCUUGACAGAAAGAUGUUAAAUAACCUGUAACUUGUGUUCUUUGUUCAGUUUUUUGUUUGUUUUUUUUGUUUUGGUUUUUGGUUUGGUUUGGUUUCGUUUUUUUGUGGUGUUCUAGUGAUAAAAAAAAAGGUUUAAAGAAAAAAAACCACACCCAGGCAGAAAUGAAGCACAUGUAAUAUAGAUUAUAUAUGUUUACAAUGUUGUGUAUAAAUGGGAUAGACUCAAACAUUACAUACUAAUAAGUUUCCCUUUCUUUUUUUUGGGUUGUAUUUUUUUUAAAGAAGAAAAAAAAUGAGCAGAGAACAUUAAACCCAUAUUUUUCUUGGUUCAGCAAAGUUUUGGCAUUAAAGUCAUUAGUUUAAAAAAGUAUAUAUAUACAUAUAUAUAAUAUAAAUGGUUUAAUGUUCUGUGGUGUAUAUUUCCUCAUUCAAAUAUGAAGUUAACAGCUUUUAGUAAUGGCUGUAGCAUUGCCCAUAACUUACAGAACUUAUGGGGAGUAGAGGAGGUGGAUUUUUGUCAUUAGUUGUAGCUAAUGGGGCUAUUUAUAAUAGAAUCGUUAUCCCCAGAAAGACACGGCUUUUAACUCCUCGCCAGGGGAUGGGGCAGGGGGAGGAGGCCUGGCUCAGCCACUUUUGCCUUUUCCAGGUGGGGAAGGGGCAAACGGCAAGGAACCGCAAGGAAACGGCCUGGCCGAGCGCUGCCCUCUCCCCCGGCGGGGACGCGCUGCUCAAAGUUGGGACUAACCCGCUUGUGUCUUCUCGAAGGCUGCGGCCGCACAGCCCGUCCUCGCCCCAGCCGCGCGGCAGCCAGCCCCUGCCUCGCUCCGCUCUCCUGCUGCUGGACUUUGUUGGCCGGGGCCGAGCUGCCCCUGGCAGUUUUCCCAGCCAUCGCCACCGUCGCUGCACUGCACCACAGCACUCCCCAGCGCAGAGCGGCUCGGCCAGCCCUUCCUGCGCUGCAUUCCUGCAGCUCCCCGCUCACCCAGGCCUGCCUUCUGCAAAAGAGCAGGAAAGAGGGUUUGGCACACGGGCAGAGCCGAGCCAGCCCCUUCUCCCCUUCCCCACAGCAUCCUGCCUCGGCCCAUGCAGGCCAGGGCUUGCCGGGCAGAGCAAGCGGGCUGGGGCCAGCAGGAACACCUGGUUCCUGGAGGGUCCCACAUCCCUAGCUUCGUCCCCAGCGAUCGCGUGUGCUUGUCCAUAUCCCCCCUAUCCUCAGCCUUAACCAAAGCUGCCAUGUGGCCUGUUUUUUUUUUUUAUUUUCAGGACCUAGGACACAGAGCUGUUGAUGGUUUCCCAAGGUGAGCGUGCCCCCUGCAUGCAGGCGCCCCAGCCGCGCGAGUCUGCACGGUGCCCUGUCCUGGCGCCGGGGCUCGCUGGGGCACCCGCUGUGCCGGGCAGCCUCCGGGCAGCCGCGGGGUGCUAGCUCCCUACAGCAGGAAGAUGAGAAGGGGGGAACACAUCUCCCCUUGCUCCCACAGGGUCAUUCGAAGCAGAUCCCACGCUAGGAGCACCAUGUGGCAGGGCAAGGGGCAUUUUAAGGUGGCUUGGAGGCUGCAGGACGUAUUCUUUGCUGGAUUUGCUGGGGCGUUUCGGGAGGAGGGGCAGCUUGGGAGGCAGGCUGUCUCGUACACCAUCCCUGUGCCUCUGCCAUGUGCCUGAUGCUUUUUCCAGAGAGCAGCUGUAUUCCUCAGUGCCCCCCGAGUGAUUUCAAAAGGAUCCCACUGCACCCUGAAGAAAAGCAAAAGGAGGGAGCUGUAUUUUAUUAUCAUCUUGGCAAAAGUCUGCAAUGCUUAACUGACAGUUUCCAGGUCUCCAAGCUCUUAGCAGUGUGGUGGUUGCAGCCUUCCCUGCUUGGGGGCACCCAGGAGCCUGGGACCUUCCUGCAAAGCUCCCGGGACCCAGAGGACGCUGAGCCACGGCAGUGGGGUCCAGCCUGCCCUGGUGAGGCUGCGAGCAGAGGAAAAGGCUGCAACCAGCCGUGCUCCCCUUGCCCGGUCCUCGGGCCGGGAGCACUUAGACAGGGGAAAGGCAGGCACGCAAAAUGGGCUCUGAGCUUUUGAAGUGGAAUAAGUUUGUGGCAAGGCAUGGCAGGGCUGCGAGCACAACCCGAGCAGUGGUGCCGGGGUCGCAGCGGUGCAUUUGGGAGGCUGCCGUGGGCUGUCCUGAAAGGCAGCGGAGGGAAAGGGGGCGAAGGCAGGUCCCCCAGCCCCAGCCCUUCUUCGGAAAUAGGCCCCGGGAGCCAGGAUUGCUGGCGUAGGUUGUGGACCAACCGUGUGCUCUAUGUACGUAUGUGUAAAACCAUAUGUAACUAGUCAUUGUUUCUUUGUUUCUUUUUUUUUUUCUUUUUUUUUUUUUUAAUUGUAAAGCCAUUCCCUGUUUUCAAGGGGGAGGCUGGGGAGAGUGGCGGCUCAUCGCUGGCUGCCGCAGGAGCCAGCUGCAUUUCGGAACAGGCACCAGCCGCAUCCUCUCUUCUGCAGUGAGUUUAAACCAUUGAAAAAAAAAAUGAAAUCGGAGUUACCUAUCUUUGCCCAAAGAAUCCCAGUUGCACAAAGCGCUAUUCCGGUGUGUCGAUGAUUGUGUGUCAGUGUAUAUUAUACAAAGAGGUACUUGUCACUCCCGUUUGUAAACUACAUUUGACAUUAAUUAAACAAGUAUAAAUCUU